CCUUUCUUUCACUCGCUCCUCCAUCGGAUUGACUUCACGCUCCACCUCCCCCUAUAUAUGAGUCCUUCCGACAUACUUCAUCACCUCAGCUCCUUUUACCUCUCUAAGAUCCCUUCACCGCUGACACAUCUUGUACAAUGAUGCAAAUGUGGCUUCUCUGGUGGGCAAAGAGCACGGCCACCACCAAGAACUGCGCUGAUGCUGAUGCCGCCGCCACUACCACCACCAUCACUACCACCAACAGUACUGAGACGUCACCAAGUUGUUAUGGUUCGUGUCUGAGGAAGUUGGUGAGGAAAGUGAAGAAACAGGGAAAAGCCAUGCUACGCGCCGCCACGGCAGGGCGGCCCAAUAAGUUUGAGUGUCAGUAUGACCCGUCGAGUUACUCUCUUAACUUUGAUACGAGGAUAGAUGAUGAAGACUACUAUCAGUUCUAUGCCUUCUCUUCAAGAUUUGCAGCCAACCCAAGAACAACUUCAUCAACCUUAGAAGCUGGUUCUCACUAGGAAAGGCAGCUUUGCCCCCCCUUUUUAUUUUUUUUGUUCUUGGUAAUUUUUAGGUUAAUUUUAUUUGCAUAUUAUUAGUAUGUGUACAAAUGGAGAUGAAGAAAGAGAUUACUUGUGUUUCUCUGAAUUGUGAUUCCACAAGAAUUUUACCAUAUAGUUUAGAGAAGUCCAUUGAAUUGGGUUCUUUUGAUUUUUCAAAAACCCAUGAAAUGAAUAGGCUUUGUUUUU